CCGCCCGGUCCGCCCGUGAGUCACGCAGUGCGGCCAGUGCCGAUUGCCGAAGCCCGAAGGCCGAAGGUUAUUGAUCGUCUUAUUCAAGAGAUGAAUAAUCGCUUUACCGAGUCAAGUUCAGAGCUACUAAUGUGCAUAGCAUCGUUAAGUCCCAAAGAUUCAUUCUCCAAUUUUGAUGUGAAGCGACUACUUCGUCUUGCUAAUCUAUACCCAGAUGAUUUUAGUUCAAGAGAAAAAUUUGAACUAAAUGAACAACUUAGGAUGUUCAUUACAUUUGUCAAAUCAUCUCCACGAUUUUCAGGCCUACAAAGUAUUGGAGAUUUGGCAAAAACAUUGGUUGAAACAGAGUGGCACACAACUUAUAAGUUAGUGUACCGACUCAUCCAAUUGGCAUUGGUUUUACCCGUUACAACCGCCACAGUUGAAAGAUCUUUCUCGACGAUGAAGUUUAUCAAGAAUGAUUUGCGCAACAAGAUUGGAG